AUGUCAACAACAUUGGUUGAAUAUCCACGUAUCACGGAGGUGUCUGGAAAGGAUACAGAGGAGUUGGAGGCCAGUGAGAUGGGCAAGAGAGUUGUUGAUGCAAUCAAGAAGAAUCCAAUGCAAAUCAUACCAUUCUGUAUGAUGUGCAAUGCCAUUGAUAUUAAAGAUCCAUUCCAAGUGGUGGCCGACAUCCAGAGAGAUGGUCUCAAAGUUGACAAAGAAGACGUCAAAAUCAUCUUCGAAUCAGUCGUUGGAUGUAUCCCAGUGAUUGGAUCAUUGAUGCAAGGUGUGUUCCAGUUGUUUUGGAAACGUGCCUCGCCUGCUGAUGAGGUGACCAAGGAGGAGUUGGACAAGAAGUUGUCUGAGUUGAAGAAGGAGAUCAUUGGAAUCAUUGAUUCAAAGAUCAAGGACAGUGAGAUCAGAAUGUGGACUGAUAUCUGUGGCACUGUUCUGGAGAACUUGAGGGGCUCUUGUGGUGAUAUGAAGUCGGACCUGGCCGCACUUGUCUACAAGCUGGACCACAAAGAAGUGAUCAAGGCUGACUUCUUGUCUGACAUCCGAACCAAGAUUGCAUUGGUUCGUGACCACAGUCGAGCCCUGAAGAACUUCUGUGCCAAUCCCAAGUACCUUCAAUUUGUCGUCAAAUUCUACGUUGAAGCAUUGUUCAUUGAUAUCUCAUUGCAUGGACUGAUCAAUGCCUUCUGGUAUCAACUCAACUAUGAUGAGAUAUUCGUGUCUGGAAGGAAGCCGGACAAGUUAUCACCAAAUGGUGUCAAGUCCAACUCGGAGAAGUUACAUGAGAAGAUCAUGCGUGGCCUCUCACUCAUCGCCUACCACGCACACCCCGAUGAUGGAUAUGAUGGCUUCUCCGAGUCUGCCCACAUGUUACUCAAGAGUGAUGUAUUCAUGUAUCCGGUGCAAUUGAUCAUGUACGACCAUGACAAGGACACGGAAUUCUUUCAGGAAUUACCCAAGGAUGGCGUUCCAGACAAGAAGAUUGAGUUGCCCAUCUUGCCCAAUGCCUAUAUCAUGAGGAUGGAUGGCAGGGACUUGUUUAGGGAUGGCUCUCACAGGUUGGAUAGUGUAAUGGAGCGAGACGGUAUGGUUGAAGCCAUCUCUGGCUGCCAGGGCAACCCCUAUUUAUUGGUUGAGAUGAGGAACUACACCAUCUCCUUAGACCAACCCAGGAACAUCACCCUUCGCUUCUAUGGCCAGUAUCACAACGACCAGAAGAAUCUUGAGCUAACCGGUAUGGACGGUGAGGGCCACUCGUUCAAGUAUGAGUUGAACCCCACCAAGUACAAGUAUGGCGCAUUGAGAACUUAUAAGCAGGGCCGUAUAUAUGAAGGUUCUACUAAUCAAAGGUUUGUGUUCAAGUCUGGAUUUGCUGUGAGCAAGACCUUCAAGAAUGUAAAGAUGAUGGAUUUCAAGAUCAGAGCAACAUCAUUCCACAGUCACUUGUUCUUUGUGGAGUUCAUGGUUGUUCCAGAUCCAGCAAACGUCGAUGAGGCUGAGGUAGAAGAUCAGGAGGAAGAAGAGGAGGAGGAAGAACAGGAUCAGGUUCAGGAGGAUGAUGAGGACAAUUGGGAGGAGGAGGCUGACGAGGAUGAAGUGGUGAAUGAGUAG